AUGGACCAAGGAAACUAUUCUAGGGUGGCAGAGUUUGUUUUGCUGGGACUCUCCAAUUCUUGGGAACUCCAGUAUUUCUUCUUCAUUUUAUUUAACGUUCUGUAUAUUGCUAUUGUUCUGGGUAACUUCCUCAUUGUCAUCACGGUGAUUUCCGAACCUGCCUUGCACACACCCAUGUACAUCAUGCUCAGCAACCUUUCAGUUCUUGAUGUGUUUCUAGCUACUUAUGCAACCCCUAAGAUGAUUCAUGAUUUCCUUUAUGAACCCAAGACCAUCUCCUUUGAGGGCUGCAUGGCCCAAAUAUUCUUGCUUCACGUCUUUGCUGGUGGCGAGAUGGUGCUUCUAGUAGCCAUGGCAUAUGACAGGUAUGUAGCCAUCUGCAAACCUCUCCAUUAUGCUACUAUAAUGAACUUGUGCAAGUGUACAGGCCUGGUGGUAGGUUCUUGGGUCAUUGGGGUCAUGCACUCGCUGAGCCAGUUAGCUUUCACUCUAAACUUACCCUUCUGUGGACCAAACGUAGUAGACAGUUAUUACUGUGACCUUACUUUGGUCAUCAAACUGGCCUGCACAGAUACUUAUGUCCCUGAACUAUUGAUGCUUUUGGAUAGCGGUCUCAUGGGGGUGACCUCAUUCUUGCUCUUGCUGAUCUCCUACACAGUCAUCCUAGUGACAGUUCGACGCCGUUCCUCGACAGGCAUGGUCAAAGCCCGAAAUACUCUGACAGCUCACAUCACUGUAGUGACUCUCUUUUUUGGACCAUGUAUAUUCAUCUAUGCUUGGCCUUUUGGAAACUUCCCAGUGGACAAAGUUCUUUCUGUGUUCUCUACAGUUUUCACGCCUAUCUUGAACCCUAUCAUCUACACAUUGAGAAACAAAGAAGUGAAGGCAGCCAUGCAAAAACUGAAGACUCGCUAUAUAAAUUCCAGGCUGCUUUCCCAGAUGCCUCUCCCCAAACUUGAUUUGCUGAAUUGA